CACAUGCUCUGUCUAAGUAGUGGUUUGCUGGGCUCUGGGUUUUCUUUGUUUCCACAGACGAAGGUUUCUGUAGGGAAUUGCAAGGCACCUUGAAAUCCGCGUGCUGAUAGCUAUAAUUUUACCAGGUCUUUCCGUUUGGGAGUCUAAAAGAAACACUCUGAUAAUAUAUAACCGCAGAGCAGACACAAAUUAGCUGGUUGCUAGCUAACCCGCCGCCUAACCAUUCUUUUUUUCUAGCGAACGCGAGGUAAGUUGUUUUUGAAUGAAUUGAGUCUUCAGCGCCGGCGAACGGUGGCUUCUUCUUCUUCUGUGCCUUUCUCCCGCCUCUUUAUUCCGUAAAAGUGUAAAAUGCGCGAGCGCCAGGUAGACGAGUCCAGCAGCACAGCAGUCCUUGCGAAUGAGACUGAGGGCAGAGGAACACGACGAGCUGCGUGAACGGGAAGGCAGAAAAGACCCGCUUUCUUUCUUCCCCGACACCGCACAUCGCCUCAAGUUCUUGGCCACCAUCGUUGACAAAGUUGCAUUGAUGUUGAAGACACGGAUAAAAUUGGGUAGCGCUGCCUGUCGGAAUACAUGCCAUGGCGCGUGCGACCCCGCGUCUCGUGGACCGUACAGACAGUAGCUUCCUUCUCGUUUGGAGACGAACGCCGUUCGCGGCGCUCCUCUGGUUCAAAUGGAUUCCAUGAUCAUUGUCACAGCUGCCUUGGCUUAUUGUGUGUUAUUGUUAUAUCUUACGGCGAACGCUAUUGUAUGUCUUGCCUAGUACAAUAUAUAAAAAAUGUCACUACUAGUGUUGUGUAAGGGACUAAUUAUUAGGUUUCUGUGGACGUCAGGUAGCGCAGUCUACGCACAGUCACAGCAGUGCUAAGCCUACUCUUCCCUCUUAUAAUUUGCGCUAUUUACUAUUUAUUUUCCUGUUUCAUUUUUCCUUUCCUCUUUCUGAACCUAAACUUUAGGCAGCAGCAUGUCAUUUGUGCUGCUUGUAUCUGUAACACUGCAGUAAGCGGCGUCAGUUACACUAGCCUUAGUGACUAGGUUGUACCACGUCCUUGUGUAAGUUCAGAUUUCCGUCAGGAAUUGCACUGUCUCAUAAGGCUCCAGAAAGAAUAAAAAUACAAGUCCACCUCUAACUGAACUUUUAAAAUUAUAAUCAUGCUUAAGGACCUGGAAGUCAGACCUGAAGAUUGCUGGUUGCAGUCAUAGAAAGGCACUUGAAUAUCAUGAGAGGAAUUCUGCCCCUGUGAAUUUGUCCCAAUUUGCCCAUACUGAUGGGCACAACACCGCCAUGUAGUGGACUUUCUCUGAUAUUUUAAUGUCCUCGGAAACCUUAUUGGCAAGAACUCGCUGGUUCCACAGACUCAUCCCUGCCGAAUAUGAGCCAACCUUCAGAGCUCCCUAAUGAUGCUCCUACUGUUACAGCAGCCCCACAAUCAGAAGCCAAGCUGGCGGCGACCACUGGGAAGAAACAGAGUAAGAAAAAGGUGGAGGAGGUGAUAGAAGAGGAAGAGGAGGAAUAUGUAGUGGAGAAGGUUCUGGACCGUCGGGUAGCCAAAGGCAAGGUUGAGUACCUGCUGAAGUGGAAGGGCUUUUCUGAUGAGGAUAACACCUGGGAGCCAGAGGACAAUCUUGACUGUCCAGACCUCAUUGCUGAAUACCUGCAGUCGCAAAGGAAGCUGCAUGAAGCUGGCAGCAAGAGGAAAACCACCGAGUCUGAGACGGAAGCAGCCGGAGCGGGAGAGGAAAGCCGCCCCAAAAAGAAGAAGGAUGAGCCUGAAAAACUCAGAGGCUUUGCUCGAGGUCUGGACCCUGAACGCAUCAUUGGGGCUACGGACUCCAGUGGGGAACUCAUGUUUCUCAUGAAAUGGAGGAACUCAGAUGAAGCAGAUUUGGUCCCAGCCAAAGAAGCCAACGUGAAGUGUCCUCAGGUGGUCAUCUCUUUCUAUGAGGAACGACUGACGUGGCACUCGUACCCCACAGAAGACGAGGAAAAGAAAGAUGACAAGAACUAGUAUAGAGUUGACUGCCUUGGGGAGGGUGACUAACAGCAUCCCAUCUGUUUUUUCAUUUUAUGUUUUUUUUUUUUUUUUUUUCCCCCCCUCACCUUCUUGCAGAAAAAAUUUCAGAUGUCAACUUUAGGUGCUUGUUUGCUAAAGGCAGUGUAAUGAAAAGGAUUAAGCAGGAAGAUACAUGGGAUGUGGCUCUGUGGAGGUUCACCUGAGACACAAGCUCGUGAGCUAAUGGGAAAUGUGGUAUCUCUUUUCUGUUUUGGUGCGUUGAGUCCGUUUGAGGAACUAUGGAGUUUCACGUCAGGUGUGAGUUACCUCGUUCCCCAGAAGUUGCUGUUCUUCACAUCUGCAUUCAUUUCAGUUGAUGAAGAAAGGACAGUCUCACAUCACAAGUUUGUGUUUAAGUUGUAGAAGAUGAAGCUGUCUGGAACCCUGAACCACUCUGAUGGAGGUUCUCAGAUGGUUUUGCCUUUGCCUCCUCUAUGCACACGUUAAACCGCUGCCCUCUGUGGACGUUCAUGUAGUGAUACUGCCUCCUAGUUUAGUGGCUGUCAAGUUUGCUUUAUGUGUUUGUCUUGGGAACCCCAGACUCGGGGAGUAUUAUGUCAGACUUGUAGUGACGUUUCUCUGUAAAAUUUUUGGAUCAUUGUUUACCAUGUUUUUAUGUGAAAUAUGUAUAUAGUGUUUUCAUAUUCUACAGGAAACUAUUUUAAAUACUAAAAAUAGAAGCAUCAUACAAGCUGAACUGUAAUAUAGGCAUAAUUGCAGUGAGGAUCAACGCUUUUGUGUAGAUAAUUUUAUUCUGGGUCUGCAUGUGACUUCAUAGCAUAAGUGACUUUUUGCAUUGGGGUCCAAGCAGUUAAUUUUGGGGGUUGUUUGCAAAGUUAACUUGCAAACUAAUCAGUAGUGUGUAUGGCUCUCUGGUUUGCUAAAUGAUACACAGUACUUUUUUAAUUGUACUUGUAACCUACAUUUGUUUAGGUUUCAGGCUAGGUCCCAAUUUAAAUAAAAAUGUUUUUCUAAGCUG